UCGUUGCUAGGUAACUUGAAACUUCAAAAAUAAAUAAAUGACACUUGUAUUUUAAAGCGUUUAACUGCAAGUUUUAAAAGAUUUACAUAUUAUAUACAGUAAUUAUUUAAGAUUAACUUGACAUAAAUGCAUAAUAUGAAGAAGGAGCAUAUGCUUGUGCCCGGAAAACCGCCUUAUGAACUCACAAAGGAGUACUUACAAUCCAGGACAGCGACUAGGGAGAUGAUCAUGUUAGCCGACUGCGGGGACUAUAUUCGCGAAGCAAACGUCAGAACCAGAAACUAUUUCGCCAGGCAGGGCUUAGUUAAAGCUGAGAAACUGCUCGAGUCCAAGAGAGUAUUAGCUGCGAGGAAACGGAUCGAGCUGGACGAGCAGUGGGACGAUAUUCAGAAGAGGGAGAGCGAACUGAGACAGAUGUUCAUCAAAUUUAACCAGUUCAUCAUAGAAAAUAACGACAAGCGGACGAGGGCCGAUCAGAGAAUAUCGGAACUGAAGAAAUUGUGGGAGAUGCGGGAGAAACAGAUCGAGAACACGCUCAACCAGUGCGAUAAGCUGGAGAAAGUCAAGAAAUUGAUGUCCAGCAAAAUCGUCUUGUACAAGUUGUACGAGGACUUCUUGAACAGCUUGGUGGAGAUGUUCCCCGAGGAUUUCAGCAACGUCCUGGACAUCCUGAGCAGGUACGACCUGAUAAAACACACCAGCCAGGAGCUGAUCGAGCACCAGUCCCUAGACCUGCAUCAGCUCGAGGUGGCCAAACGGGAGUUGGCCAAGACGGUGGAAGGGUACUUAGUCCAACUUUCCGUGCUGAACACGCGGGUGGCUUCGUUGCAGCAGCGUCACGAAGACGCCAAGAGGGAGUCCCGGAAGUGUGAGGAGUUGUACGAGAGGAUUAGGGCCGAAGCGACGGAACAGGUGAUUGACGCGGUCUCCGUUAAAGAAUCCUGUUGGAGGAUCUACCAGGAGAUGUGCGAGAGGAAAGGCGUCGAGCCGGUCUUUAAGGGUAAUCACGGGAAACAGCUGGACGUCAUCAAGGGUACACUGAGGGAUUAUCGGCGCAUCAACGAUUUAGCGAGGAGGAUGGAGGCGGAGGGGUUGUACGCUUCGCAGAGGCCUUGUGUGUCCAAAGCGACGGAUUAGGGCCCGUUUUCUUCACGAUAUGUUUAAAAUCGGCGGUUUCACUCUAUUUGCUCGGCAAUUUGGUCCUUUACGGCCGGAUCUGGUGACCUUGGAUAGAAAAAUCUAAUUCUGCACGGUUGUUAUAUAUUUAAUUGCAAUUGUUAUGAGUUUAUAGGGAUCUGCGCACUUUGAGAGUGAAAAAGAGGGUUGGCGUGACCUUUGUCCUCCCAAACUUUUCUGUUUUCAGUUUUA